UUCCUCAUCCGGCAGUGCCACCGUGUCCCUUUCUCUCUCUCUAUGUUUCAGUUUUUCCUGCAAUUUCUGUUUAGGUUUUCCAUUUUGAAGCUUCGUUCGAAGAACAUUCAUUCCCAAAUUGGCCUUUCUCUGCGAUCACUGCUUCCGAAACUGAACAAGUUGAAUAUUUGCAGAAUGGUAAAGAAGGAAGACACAGCGAGAUUAAGGUAGCAGGCAGAGUAAGGCAUUUCAUGGCAGGCAGUGGCCUGCAAUCUUUGGGUCGUGUGAAGCUUACUGAUUUAGUCCCUUCUGACGGUUUACCGUCUGAUUCUUAUAAAAUAUCCGUUUCAAUUUUGUCACAAUCUCUGGCUCAGUUUUCUGCAGUUAUCAUCCAGUUUCCGGCAAGUGAAGGUGCCCUUCUGAGAUCUGGUUUAGAAUCUGCUCGCCUUUAUUUUCAUCAAAGGGAAACAUACCCACCUGAAGAUAUAAUCCAUAAUAGUGAAUCUCGUGAGUGGUGCAAAACAUCUGGUUAUUACGCAGAUUCUCAUUUGUGGCAAGAAACGUAUGACUAUAGACCCGGAUUGACUCCUUCAGAACCUAAUAAUUCCAUUGAGUUACCCCCGGCAGGUUUGGCAGACAUAUUUGCCUUAUUUGGAAAAGCAGCAAGGGAUAUCCUGGAUGCAAUUAGCUACCAUUUGAAUUUGCGCAGCUCUCCAUUUGUAGAAAUACUAGAUAAUGUUCCCCUGAGAAAUAGGGAAAUUUCAUCUUCAGUCUUGUCUGUUUGCUGUCAUGCAAGGCCAUCAUUCCAGGGGCCACAGCAUCAUAAUAUAACUACUCAAGAGGAUGGCCAAUUGAUUAUGUAUCCUGACCAUGAUCACCAGGUUGAUAAAAGCUUGCUAUCACUUGUCAAGUCUGACAGGGCAGGUCUACAUGUAAGAGACUUUCAAGGCCGGUGGAUUCUUGUGGAUGGAGAUCUGGGACCUCAAGAAGCUGUUGUUUAUCCAGGGCUUGCUCUUUAUCAAGCAACUGCAGGAUAUGUAAACCCUGCAUUGCACAAAACCGAGAUUAAUAUGGAGGCUAAUAUGUAUGGACGAUGUUCUUUAGCCUUCAAGCUUUUGCCUAAAUCAAUGACCAGCUUGGACUGUUCUGAAAUGCGAGCGGCAGGUUUUGGAAUUGAAGCUCAGUUCCAGCUUCCUGUCCCAGUGGAUGAUUUUAUGCAAAGAUCUCAUCCAAUAGAUCAUCUCUUUAACCGGCCUAGUUUCCAGUGCUUCAAUUUCCAACCAACUCAUGAUGGAUCUAUGAAGACUUUGAUGAGGAGAAGGAAGCAAACUCCCAAAAGCAAGCCUUUGCCACCUUCCAAGAGAUUAAGGCUUGAGGCGCAGAGAGUUUUGAAAGAAAGGGUCCAGGAUAUUGCAGAUAAGAAAGGCAUCAAGCUUCGGUUCUGUAAUCUCAAGGAGUGUGAAAGUCACAUUCACAGCGUAGACAGCCCAUGUGCAAAUAUACGAAUGGAGAUAGGGUGGCCUCUUGGUGUUCCUUUUGUUCAUCCCCAUGAUUUACCUAACAAGGCUAAGCUGGGUUUUCUUGAAGCAUAUGAACCUGGUUGGACAGAAGCCCAUUUAAACUCAGACAGGCUAGUCAACACUCGGCUAACUUUAACUGAAUCAGUCCCCCUGAUUUCCAACAUAUGGGCAACAUAUGACCAGGUUGUGAAGAUAGGCCUAUAUAGUUCUCAAGAGGGCUCUGAACCUAUUCGUAGCUAGGUUUUAGAGUUUUAUGCCUGCUGUCUAUAUAUGCAACUUUUGAAACAGUUGAAUGAAAGGAACGUGCUGUUUUGAAUUUCAUAGAUGUUUGUUGUACAUUUCUUAGCUCUUUGGAUUAUUAGACGCCAAUCCAAUCAAAAUGAAGGGUAGACUCAGUUCUAAAGCGGAUGGAGGUGUUGCUGGCCACCAUCAAUCAACCAUAUAUAAAAUGAAAAAUACAGUUUACAGGUCAAUAGAACUAUUUUAACCUGGAGGAGUGCAAUGGCUAUCAAAUCGCAACAAGUUAAGGCGUAACUUUCUAUCCUUGGGUUAUGUCAAGCUACCAGGAAGUGCAAAUAGGAUAGCGUUAUGUGGUGAGAUAGCACUGUGGCCUUUUCUUUUCGUUGUGGAGCUGUAUUUUGUCAUGGUGCUAUAUGUUCAGCUAUGGCUUGACCUGGUUACUUAUUUUGCACAAUUAUAAUUGUGAAAUUAGAGGCUGUGCAUAUCAAGAGGCAUUAUCUCUCA